AUGAAACUGAAGAUCAACGACAAGAUAUUGGCGCGGAAAAUCCAAUUGUCGUCGUCGCCCACCACCGUCCUUAACCCUUCUCGUCGGUUCCUCUAUCCGCCUCAUAUCCGGCGCAUCAGUGCGGUUCUACUACAGACUCGUGAUAGACUGGCGGUUACCGGCCCUUUCAAUCGCAUCAUUCCGGCGGCAGACUUGGCGAUGAUGCCCAUCCAAAGAUCUGGCGUAUCGCGGUCUGUAUCUGACUUUGUUCCGAUAAUCACAUCCGUCGUCUCCAUCAUAUCCAGUGCGAUGGCUAGUACACUGCUCUCCCCGAUGGAAGGCGGCGGACGCGGUGACGUUUUCUGGGCUCCUCCUUAA